AAUACUUUUGCAAUCCUCUCACGAUUGCGUUUCUCUUGAGUGUUCUGUCGCUCUCAAAUCGAUUUUCGCUCCCCAGUUGUUGCCAUCGUAUUUUCGCUAAUUUGGUUUGCCCUACUGUCAAGCGGCAACAGCUCCGCCGAAUCCCACCCAUCGAAGAUCUGCCAUCCUCUUGCAAACCCUAUUUUCUGCCAUCCUCUUGCCAUCGUCUCACGAUUUUCGCUCCAAUUGCAAACCCUAAUAAUGCCGUCAAGCGGCAGCUCCUACGGUUUCAGCUUUAGAGUGUGGGAUUUUCGAAGAAUCGAAGAUCUCUCCGACUCGGGCCCACACGCGCCGGAUGAGGUUCCCAUCCAAUUUCGCGCGACUGAGGUCCUUAAAAUAAAGAAAUCCAUCAUCGGCAAUGACGAUCGUCAGGUGUCCGUCGCGCAAGCGCGAUCUCGCACGCGAUCAAAAACCUUCUGGGUCCCCAAACGCGUGGCCCUGUUGUGCGAUGGUGGCGCGCGCAUGCUAUCCUUGCUUUCGGACGUGGGUGCCCCCGCAGAGCAUCAGGAAGCGGUAGCGCGAGAUAUCUCAUCGGCCGCCGCGGCUCGAUCUGUCGGGAUGGGAACGUCGCCGAUCGCGGUAACCUUUCAACACACCACGCUUGUGGUUGUGGAUGAUGUGAAUGAUGAUGAUGAAGAGUACGAUGAGAUGGAUAUGGGUUUGAGGGAGUCCAUGGCGGUAGAUGUGGCGAGGCCCAUCCCGGCCACUCGAUCUGCGAUUGAGGGAUUGAAGAAGGUAACCUUUGAAGAAGAUGGGCUUCGGUCGAUCGGAGAAUGCAUAAUUUGCACAGAGGAAUUUGAGGGUGGGCUCGAACUCACGCGGCUGCCGUGCUCCCAUGUCUAUCAUGGAGAUUGCAUUGUCAAGUGGCUGGAGAAGAGUCAUCGCUGUCCCCUCUGCCGCUACCCAUUGCCCUAUGUUCGGUUGAUUUUUGGUUGUCCAUAUAGCUAUAUAUUCAUAGAUCCAAGAAGCUAUAAGAGUAGUUUCAAAUGCAUAGCCAAGAAUUCAAGUAGUGAGGCUGUUGCGAAAAGCAAACACAUAGCCAAAAAUUCCAGUGUUGAGGCUGUUGCGAAAAGCAAACGUGAAGGUCUUUAUAUGACAAACGUGGCAAAUGGGGAGGCUUUAAUCCCAAGAAGUUGUCUAGGCAACGAUGUAAUGCAAAACUUUACACUUAUAUUUAUGCGCUUCAAAGUAUUCAAGUAUAAAUUAGAAACAAGUAUUCAAAUAUUUGAUGCAUCAUCUUUUUACAGGUGGCUCUUUAAGAGCAUUCCCAAUGGAGGAGCCAUAUUUUUAUGUAAAAUAGCUUCUCAAAACUCACUUUUAUCUAGUUUAGCUAAGCCAUUUUUAAAUGUCUCUACAUCCAAUUAGCUAUAUUUCUAUCUAUUUUAUUAGAAUAUUUUUAAAAGUAAGAAAAGUUUUGGGAAAAAGAGAACAUGUGAGAGAAAAAAUGGGAAAAGUUUUGGAAAAAAAAGAACAUGCAGAGAAAAAGUAUGAAAAGAUUUGGGAAAAAAGAGAAAACAAGUGUGAGAAACAAUGAAAAAGAAAAUAGCUCCCUUGAAAAGUGCUGCUACAUUUAGCUUCUUUUUUAGCUCUUCCAAUUAAAUAUCUAUUUUACAUUUUCUUUUAGCUAAUCCAAUAUAGGGGUUUUUUAAACAUUUAAAGAGCCAUUUUAGAUAAAAGUAACAUUUGGCUUUUCCAUUGGGAAUGCUCUUAGAGGACGAGGAUGGAAAUAUAGAUCUGGUUUUGUUGAUGGAAUUUUUCCAGUACUGAGCCCCAUUGCUCAGUAAAUUUUGCAGUUUGCACAGAAUAACCUGGAUCCCAAUAAACUCCAGGGUUCUCUCGACACUCUCCCAAUCUCUCAUACCACUUGGGAAGCUGUCAUCAAUGUAGUUCAACUUCAUCUUGGUAAACAAUAUGAUUCAAUUGUGUUGGUGAGAAUUUAGUACCUCUUUCUUAUUUUAUUUUGUUUUUCUAAUUCCUGACACAAAGACCCAGAAAGAAUUUAUCUGUAGUUGAUUUUUUUUGUUUCUUUGGCUUUGGUUUUAGUUGAAUUUUAAAAGGCUAAGUAUUUGAAUUCUUCAAACUGCUUAUAGAAUGGAGUUGAUAAUAUUUCUUUCGCACCAAUAACUUUGUCAUUUUACUUGGUUUCUGUUAGCUCUCUAUACUAGCUCAACAUUGUCAAUCCUGGUAUUUUCAAUAAAUCCACAUUGGAAUCUUCAUGUUUUUCCGAUUCAAUAUUUGUUCAUAAGAUCCUGUAUAAAGCAAACUUAGCAAUUGCAUUUUCAUAACUAAACUUAGCACACCCGCCCGUUUUCUUGCUAUCUAUACUUACAUUUGACUUUAAUUGACUUUUUUUACUGUAAAAUUAUGAACAUAUUACCAGAUAUAUGAAUGGGUUUUGCACAAGACUACCUUCAAACCAAAUGUUAUCUGCUACAAUUUGCUUAUAGAUGCUUACUGGAAGAAAUCACCGUAUAUGGAUACAGAAUCUGCAUAUUUAGAACUUAUGGAAAGCUGGUGCAUCCCUACUGAAGAUACUUAUGCCCUUCUUCUCAAGGCUUACUGCACAUCUGUGCUGCUAGAGAAAGCCGUAUUUGCUGAAAUGCGAAAAUUUGGCCUUCCCCCAAGUUAAGUCUCUGUGUGAACUUAUAGCUGUUUAUAUUUUGAGAAAAUAUGUCAUAAAUUUUCAACAACUUUGAGAAUUCAAUUAUUGAGUUCAUGAUCUUUUUUUGUUUCUAUCUAUGCAGCCAGUAUUCUUUUAGCAUAAUAACUACAACUAUAAGAAUGCUCUCAAAGGGGCAAUAUCCUUAAAAUCUCAGAAAUUCUUCAACUUAUUUCAGAAUAACAAUGUAUGCUGCUUCUUUGUCAUGAGUAAUUUCAGAGUGGCGACAUAAGCUUCUUCCUAUUCCUCUUUAAUUGCCUGCUUUCUGCCAAAAAUCUCAAUCUAUUAUACUGUAUAUCCUCAUUGACUUCUGAUUUUCUAAUGGUUCUUAGUCCUUAAUGAUUCUCUAGUCGUGAGCUUUUUAAAUUGUGUUGCUAAAUUAAUUCUCUUGUGCAUUGCUUUUGGCAGAGGGAACUGGAUUGAGAGGUAUAUUUGAGAGGUAUUUUGUCCUUUCACUUUAAGGGGGCAAAAGUACCUUUUAAAUAUAACUAACUUGAUAUUUUCCGGUUUAAAUCAACUGGAGAAGAUCCUAAUUUUUUGCAGAGUACUAAUACCAGCUGAGAUUGAUGAUUAUUUACCUGAAGUGAAGUAGCUUGCUGGUUGCUAUUGUCCGAUAGCUUUGAAGAGAGAUUAUUUAUCAAAUUUAUGUUGCAUUUUCCUGAUCAAUUUGAUGUACACUAAUUUGUUGUGAAUUGGUGAACCAAUUUGAUGUACACCAAUUGAAUUGUGCAUUUGCAAGCUUAAUCAUUUUCUUUGUAUUAAAAUAAUUAUAGUUAAUUCAAUAUUGAUAAUUUGAUCUGA